CGGCCGGCCACCACACCAGCCGGUGUGCAGUGCACUUCCCAUUCCGUCGUCUCCACAUGGACAUAUCACAUGUGCAGCAGCCCCGCUAACGGACGACGAUAAUAUAUACUCGGCCAGAGAAUCGAACAACCGCCUUCGCGCCGCGUCCCAUAUGUUACGUCCAACUACCGUUUAUGUCAUAUAAUAACGUAAUAAUAAUAUUUUUAUAAUAUUUUUCAAAAGUGGUUUCUCUCUGAACGCGACGCCGAUUUUACAUUAAUAUAUUACAACAAUAUUAUUGUUGUAAGCGUGUGUCUGUGUUUUACUGUUCCGUUAUUAAUUUGGAUAUUUUUUUAAUACCGGUAUCGCGUGUGGCCGUUGGAAAAACUUUAAUUAUUCAAGUGCGUUCAGCGUCUAUGGUAGAAUAAAAUGGAGAACAAAUUUUCAUCUGUCUGGCUUUAAAUUAUUUUAAAAAUAGAAAAACGAGCGGCACAUGCGCCGAGGAGAUCUAUUAUUAUACGGUCUCAGGUCGAAUUACUCGGCGGCAAGGCAGAAAACAAUAAUCGUUCGUAUCUUCACUGCAGUGCUAACAGCGACAGCGCCCUCGCCGACAACCGUGUUCGCCCGUUAUCAGUUUCGCGGCCGUUGUUAUCAGUGACGAUUGUUUUUGUAAUUUUUCCUUAAGUUUUAACUACUUGAAACGUCCAAGAUUGCCCGGGUGCGUUCCGUCGUGCAGUAACUAAAGUUUACGCGCGUGUGUGUAGUGCGGAUGACCAGUUACAGGCGGUCAAGUGCAUGAGGUGGACAGCGAUGGACAGUGCGUCUGGCGGUGGCGGCCGCGACAAUAGAUUCGGCAUGGGUUACGCGUCGAACAUGUCGCUGUUGGAUCCGUCGGACAUGUACAACAACGGCGGAGGGACCCAGCAACGUCCGUCUACAUCACGGACGCCACCCAUGAUGGGCUGCGGUCCCGGCAACGCGGGCGGUGUGCAUCAACGCGGCCUCAAGCGCACCCUUGGACCCGGCAACAAUAUGUGCUACGAACCCACUGAUCACCAUCGAUUGGUCGAAGACAAUUUUUCUCCGCCUGCCGUUAAAGAUGUGUCACCGUCAAACGGUAAGAAGACUAAGGGCCGAGUGAAAAUUAAAAUGGAAUACAUUGAAAACAAGCUCCGAAGGUACACUACAUUCUCGAAGAGGAAGACUGGAAUUAUGAAAAAAGCAUAUGAACUGUCCACGCUAACGGGUACACAAGUAAUGUUGUUAGUGGCCUCUGAAACGGGUCACGUAUACACAUUUGCCACUAGAAAGUUACAGCCCAUGAUUACGUCUGAAGCGGGCAAGGCACUGAUCCAGACAUGUUUGAAUUCACCGGACCCGUGUCCGUCUUCGUCAGGUGCCAAUUCUGGCGAUCAACGCAUGUCAGCUACCGGUUUCGAAGAGACAGAUUUAUCAUACAACAUAGGGGACGACCACGAUUCCAAAGAAACCGACGGGAUGAGCUCAAGAGCGUCGGACAGCGGCGCAGAGUCUAGCGGGUCGGAGUCACCGCCUCCUGCCGCCGUGUCGGACGUCGCCCGGUCGCCGCCGUCUUCCUCUGCCGCGGCAACAGCGGCUGCCGCCGCUGCGUCUCCCGGAAUUUUCCGAUUGUCUACCAGCAACGCGGAACUAGUGUACUCGAACUUGGCCGCCAUGGUCAACUCGUCGGCUGCCGGGCCCCAACAGGCUGCGGUUCUGUUCCGGCUGGGUCAGCUGGGCAGGCAGUUGCAACAGGCGUCGUCCGGUCAACAGCCGUUCAUUCUCUCCAUGCCGAAUCCGCCAGCAGCGCACCAGACGCCCGCCGAUCUCAGCAGCAAGUCUUCCCGGAACAAACCGUCCGAAGUACAAAAUCCUUAGGGUCAACAAAAUAAAGAAAGAAAAAAAACUAACAACGACAAUUAUUGAAAAAAUAGCUAAACGAAAAUCACAAUCACAUCUCGGAGAAGUCUUGACCUUGUUCGCUACGUCAGAUAUUUUAUUGAUAAUAUUAUAUCUACACUAGAGCCCCGCUGAUCACAGAAGAAACAUAACGCGUACUUGUCCGGAAGAAAUUUGUGUGUUUAUUAAGAUAACAAUAAUUAUUAAAACGACAUAUUAUUUAUAAUAUAUAAUUUAUAUUCCGACAGGGAUAACGGAUUUUA